AUGGCUUGUGUUGCACUGACUUCUCUGAAGGCUACAAUUAAGCUUGAAUUUUUGCAACCCAACCACAGAGUGUCUCUUCUUCAUGACGAUGAAAAGCCAUUAAUGAAAUCUCUGUUUCAGAAGCUUUCUUAUAUGGAAGCCUUUCUGAAGAAGGAAUACAACAAUGCUGUGGGUGGUGCUCCAAUCCGACGACAUCUGCUCAACAAAAUCAGAGACUUUGCACUCAAAGCUGAAGAUGCCAUCGAAAUACAACUCACAGACAUCCUUCAACAAAAUGCUCAUCAAGGGGAACUCCAUCGAACCUUGCAAAAAGUAGCAAAGGAGGCAGAAGAGUUGCUGAAGCUUAUCAACAAUGAAGCUGCAGCUUCUUCCUCGGGUGGAUCCUUGCAAUGCUCUCCACAGUUUGAGGAGGAAGAGGAGGAUAUAAUAAUGCUUUGGGGUGAAGAGUAUUACUUUUCAUUGAGAAAUCAUCUUCUCUAUAAUAUUUUAUCUAGAGAACGAGUAGUGCUCCCAAUUGUUGGAGUCCCAGGCAUUGGAAAGACUACUUUAUGUAAAAAAUUGUAUGCAGACAAGGCGGUUGUAUCAAAUUUCGACAUUCGAGCUUGGAUUACUAUUCCGCCAACAUACAAUGGGAAUGUGCAACAACUACUGUGCCACCUUCUUCAAUCAAUGAGCCCAACCCCACUCAAUGAAGAAAUUGACAUGCUGGGAAUCACUGUUUCUCAACUAAAAGAGCAACUGCACAGACACUUGAAAUACAAAACAUAUUUAAUUGUUUUGGAUGAUGUCACUCGCACUCUGCUUUGGGAUGAUAUCCGCCAAUGUUUUCCGGUUGACUCAUAUGGAAGUCGGAUAUUGCUAACCACUCCUUUCACUGAUGUGGCUGUGUUGUCUCUUAAACAACAUAUGACACCUGAAUUUCAAGAAAUUGCGAAAAACCUUGUUGAGGAAUGCAGAGGGUUGCCGCGCUCAAUUGUUACAGUUGCAGACCGUCUAUCUAAAUGCAACUUCACAUUGAAGGAAUGGAAGAAGAUCGAGAAAGAAUUAUUGUCAUUGGGAAUUCUGCAUAGAGAUACACAACACUCAAGUAAGCUUAGCAACAUUUACAAUCCUUUGCCACACCAUUUAAAAGUUUGCUUUUUAUAUUUUGUGGUCUUUCCAAAACACAGUAAAAUCAAAGUGAAAAAACUUAUUAAGUUAUGGAUUGCUGAGGGAUUUGUGAAGCCAUUGGGGUGUCUGCCAUUAGAAGAAGUUGGUUACAUAUAUUUAAAUGAUCUUAUAAAGAGAGAACUAGUCAGAAUAGUUGAUCAGUACGAAAUCUUCAUACCAAGGACUUGUGAGAUACAUAUUGACAUGCAUAGCUUUUGUGUACGAGAAGCUCAAAAAGAAGGUCUUUUAUGUGCAGCAAAUACUCAACAGUGUAUUGGAUGGUCAAUAGAUAUACUCGCAAAUUCAUGUCGCUGGUUAAGUUUACGCUCACAUAGUUUGGACUAUCAUGUGAUGUUUAGUUCAAAUAUUCCUCGCUCACUUUUCGUCUUUCAGGGAGGUUUUGAACGGUUUAUACCCUUCAAACAUUUACGAAUUUUAGAUUUGAGUGAAUCUCUAAUACUCAAAAGAGUGUCAUUGUUGCCCUUAAGGAAUUUAGCUUUUUUGAGAUAUCUUUCCAUACCACAGUGGUUUGAGAGUUUUGAUGAUGUAGUAUCAAGUAAUUCAAAUUUGCAAACACUUACUGUUUCUGGCAUUGAUGAAUCAACACUUGGAGCGCGUACUCUUCAUUUAUUGCCAUCCAAAAUUUGGGAGCUGCAACAUUUAAGGCAUCUCAAACUUGGGGAUAUGUAUUUGAUAGAUCCUCCAAACAUGGUUAAAGAGCAUUUACAAACAUUAGUUUGUACAAUGCCAAUUCAUUUCAGGAAAAAAGAAGUGUAUUAUUGCCGGUUUCCAAGCAUAAGAAAACUGAGAGUUGUGUAUAAAGACGUCUUAGUGCCUAGUUGCAGCGUUGGGCGAUGUUGCAGAAAUCCCAUCAUCAUUCUGGAGAAUUUUGAGAAUUUAUUGAGGUUGGAGAAUCUAACGGUUAUGGUUCCAGUUGGUAGUAUAACUCUUUUAGAGCAGGUUGGUUUUCCUGCAAAUUUGGAGAAGUUGAGAUUGUGUGGGACAAAUUUUCCAGUGAAGGUUUUAACAGUAAUUGGGCAGUUGCCAAAGCUUAAGGUGCUGAAACUAGAGAAUGCUUUCUAUGGAAGAGUGUGGGAAGUGAUUGAAGGAGGAUUCCCUGAAUUAAAAAAAUUGGAGGUUGAAGCCAGAAGUCUUGAGCGAGUGGUGGCCAAUACUAGUAAUCAUUUCCCAAAGCUCCGGAGCAUAUUCUUAAAACGUUGUUAUUCUCUAGAAGAGAUCUCUCCUGUAAGUGCAAUAAUGCACGGGCGGAUGCACUCAAUUAAGUUGGAGCAAUGUCCUCCUUCUGUUGUCACUUCUGCCAAGAGGUUUUGUGAAGAUGUACCUAACCUUAUUAUUGACGGCAAGGCAUUUGAGGAAGAAGACGAAGAAGAUUAUGAUCCAUGGCAGUAUACAGAUAAGGAACAGUCAGAAGAGGAAGAGUAUAAUCUUCUGCGUAAUGUUGGAUCUGAUGUAUGUGUUGCUUACAAUGCUCCAGAGGGCGGCGUUGCUAGACAACUGGUGGCUUCUCAUGCUGCUAAUUUUGCUGCUCGCACUGGUGUACCCGACGGAAUGACAGCGGUCCAUGGAAAUGUAGCGGCUACUGCUCCAGAUUUCGAUGAAGGCACUGUCGGAGCUAAUGGAAUUCCAGAGGGGAAAAAAGCUGUCCUUGGAAAAACACUUCAUCCGUAG